ACAAGAGUCGUUGCAAAAUUAACUUUUAAACUUCUGAAAGUAAUACAGUGAAUUUGAUUUGUUCCGUAACUUAUAUUUGUACAUAAUGAAUAAUUUAGACUACGAACCUAUGGAUAUUGAUUCAAGUGCAAAUUCCUACGCCGCUAUGGAUAUAUCUUAUAAUGAAAUUAAAGAAGAAGAAAAGACUGAAACUGCUAGUACGACCAAAGAUUCUCAAGGAAUAAAAAAAUUCCAUAUAGAUAUGCCUGCUCAUAAAGAAAAAAAGACAUUAUUCAAAUGUAAUAUGUAUUUACUAGUUUUUAUUAUUGUAAGUGUUAUCACGUCAAUUUUAUACUAUAAUGUGACCAACUUCGAAUGUUGUCGUGAGAUUAACACGAAAUUGUUAAAGGAUGCCUUGUCUUCCAAAGUUCAUGGUCAGACGAAUGCUAUUCAAACUUUUAUUCGGGCAUUAGAGGCUAAUACUAGCAGCAAGAUAUUAAUUUUAUAUGGAGGGACUGGUGUAGGAAAAACGUUAUCAAUAUCAAUUGUACUUGAUAAGUUAUUAAAUUUUUCAAAUGUAUACCAUUACACUAUGCCAAGUUUUGUAGACAAAUUUACAACCGAGAUAAAGAUAGGCUUAGUUUUUUGUGAGAAAUGGAUUAUUAUUGUAGAUGAUUUGAAUCCUGGAGACAAACACAUAACAUCUAUUGUUAAUGAUAUUAUUGAGAAAACUGAGAGUUUAAAAAGCAGUGUUACAUUAAUAUUGGUAUACAACUGUGAUACAUCAAAUGACUUAGUUGGCUGCAAUGAUUCCUUUUUGAUAAAUUUACAACAAGUUUUUAAUAGUGUUAGUGCUACAAAAUAUUUUAUUAAAUAUUUGCCAUUAAAUGAAGAUAUUUUAAAGCAAUGUAUCAAAGAUGAAUUGGAACAAAGGCUGGUUAAAAAUGUAGAUAUUAAUAUGGUUAUAAAAAAUUUUAAUGUCUCACAAGAUGGAUGUAAAGGUGUACAUACAAAGAUUAAAUCAUUGAAUUUAUUUUGA